UAUCUCAAAUUCGGUAUUUUUAAAAUCCUCUCUCGUCUUCUUCUUCUUCUUCGAUCGCUGGAUCUAGGUUUUGUUCUUCUCUCUAUCACUCUAUCGUCUCCUUCACAGACUGGGCUUGAUUAGAGUUCUUCCUUCUGGGAUUCUUAGCAAUCUAGGGCUUUUUUUUUUCCUUUUGAAAACCCGAUCCAGAUUUUGUUAUUUGAGAUUAAAUUUUUUUGAAGAAGAUGCAACAAAAUCAAGUGAAGAAGGGGACGAAAGAGAUGGAGUUUUUCACAGAGUAUGGUGAUGCUAACAGAUAUCGGAUUCUGGAAGUUAUUGGUAAAGGAAGCUAUGGAGUUGUUUGUGCAGCUAUUGAUACACAUACUGGAGAGAAAGUUGCUAUUAAAAAGAUUAAUGAUGUCUUUGAACAUAUCUCUGAUGCGCUUCGUAUUCUCCGUGAAGUGAAGCUUCUUCGGCUUUUACGGCAUCCAGAUAUUGUGGAAAUCAAAAGCAUUAUGCUGCCUCCUUCCAAGAGAGAGUUUAAAGACAUUUAUGUUGUGUUUGAGCUCAUGGAAUCAGAUCUUCAUCAAGUUAUUAAAGCUAAUGAUGAUUUGACUCGUGAACACCACCAGUUUUUCCUUUAUCAGAUGCUUCGAGCUUUAAAGUUCAUGCAUACAGCUAAUGUUUAUCAUCGUGAUCUUAAGCCAAAGAAUAUACUGGCUAAUGCAAAUUGCAAGUUGAAAGUUUGUGACUUUGGAUUGGCUAGAGUAGCGUUUAAUGAUACUCCUACAACAGUCUUUUGGACGGACUAUGUUGCCACAAGAUGGUAUAGAGCACCUGAGCUCUGUGGAUCAUUCUUUUCGAAGUACACUCCAGCUAUCGACAUUUGGAGCAUUGGCUGCAUCUUUGCGGAGGUACUAACAGGGAAGCCAUUGUUUCCGGGAAAAAGUGUCGUCCAUCAGUUGGAGUUGAUUACUGAUCUUCUUGGCACACCAAAAUCAGAAACAAUAUCUGGAGUUCGAAAUGAUAAAGCUAGAAAAUACUUGACCGAAAUGAGGAAGAAAAAUCCUGUCACCUUCUCGCAAAAAUUCUCCAAAGCAGAUCCAUUAGCACUCCGUCUUUUGCAGAGGCUGUUGGCUUUCGAUCCAAAGGAUCGACCGACUCCUGCAGAGGCAUUGGCUGAUCCUUACUUCAAGGGUCUUUCUAAGGUUGAAAGAGAACCUUCAAGUCAGCCAAUCUCGAAGAUGGAGUUUGAAUUUGAGAGACGAAGGUUGACAAAGGACGACAUUAGAGAACUAAUAUACAGAGAAAUCCUGGAAUACCAUCCUCAGUUGCUCAAGGAUUAUUUGAGCGGAUCUGAGGGGUCUAAUUUUGUAUAUCCUAGCGCCAUUGGACAUCUUAGACAGCAGUUCACUUACUUAGAGGAAAAUAGCAGCAGAAAUGGGCCGGUCAUACCUCUCGAGAGGAAACAUGCAUCGCUUCCGCGGUCUACGGUUCACUCAACUGUAGUCCAUUCCACCACACAACCCAACUUGAGUGCAACAGAUAGUAGACGUGUUACUUUCGAGCCUUCAAAAAAUGGAGUUCCUUCUGCAGGACAUCCAUCAACUUCCGCGUAUCCUACUAAAUCUAUCGGACCUCCACCAAGGGUUCCACCAUCAGGUAGACCAGGUCGAGUUUUGGAAUCAUCUGUAUCCUAUGAGAAUGGCAGGAACCUCAAAGAAGCUUAUUUCAGAAGCGCAGUUUCAUCUCCUCAUUGCUACUUCCGAGCAUACACCAUGACGAACCCAGAGAAUCGCAAUGUAGAAGCUUCUUGUUUUCCGCCAAAACCACAAAAUCCUGUCCACCAAUUCGUUCCCACCGAGCCGCCAGCUGCUACAACUAACCAAACAGACGUUGAGACUAUGAGCCACCCAAACCCUUACUUUCAACCACGGCUCCCCAAUAUAGAUCAACUAAACAACAACAACACACAUAUGGCCAUCGAUGCUAAGCUAUUACAGGCACAAUCACAGUUUGGUCCAGCUGGAGCUGCAGCGGUUGCAGUAGCAGCACACCGGAACAUAGGCACAAUUAGUUACGGCACAGCAUCAUAGACAACACUUCAGACAAGUCUUUAACCUCGACAUCUUCCUCCAGGUGAUUCUGGUCUCUCUCUAGUUUUUAUGUAAGUAUUAUUAUUCAGUCUGGCUCUGAUUUGAACUUCGUUGCAAUGAUAUGAUAAAGACUUUUAUUUAGUUGUAACUCUCCAGAACAAGAUCGCCUUGGAUUAGUCUGAUUGCGGGUCAGUCCCGGUUAUUGUUUCGGUUAUCUUGUUGGCUCCA